AUGGAUCGCUCAACAAAACGAAACUUCAAUUUUGUAAACCUCAAGCACCCCGAUGACCUCAAAGAUGAAGAGACGCAACUUCGCAUACGCCGUCUAGCCAUGACAGAGGUUGGCAGAGCGCGAAGAAAACCAAAGACAAAGCGCGAGCGCAACGAGAUUGUCCUAGAAUUUCACACUCCAGCUGAAGAACGCCUCAAACUUGACCGCUUGGGUGGCGGCCAGCUAGAUCCCUUUGGCCCUUAUCCAAUCGAGCUUGAUGCUUCUGCUCGGGAAUUGCUGGCAAGCAGUUCCAACCACCCGAGCCAGCUGCGGGCGUCUUGGUGGCCUGUUGGGCUCAGUUGCGCAGCCACCUUUCACAAUGUUCUCUCCAACUCUCAAAACUUUCAGCUGCAGAAGCUAAAUGGGUUUUUUCCUUCGCAGGAUGAUGGAUUGGCUUUGACACAUCACCACAAGGCACUCCGGCAUGCUAGCGAAAUGAUGAAAGACCCAGCCAAACACAAGAGCGACGAAGUUAUCGGGACUGUUGCCUCGUUCAUGUGCCAUCACGCUUUAUUAGGUAAUUUCACCAGUGACGAUUGGUACAAACACCGCAAUGCCCUUGUAAGGAUUGUCGGGCUCAGGGGAGGCUAUCAUGCCAUUGACAAAGACUAUCUUCGGAUCACAGUGACAUGGUCCGAUCUCAUAGGCUGUUUCUCACAGGACGUACCGCCAAUAAUCCCCCUACCCCAUCAAUGGGAAGCUGACUCAAAGUCUCCACCGAACUCGCCCCGACCACAACGCCCAAUAUCAUUAGCGUGGAAGCAGCAACUACCAAUGCAACUAGACUGGAUCUCGAUAUUCGAUGAUAUCGUGCAGCUCAUAUCGCUAGAUCGCGAGUUCAGCGAGAAGCAGCUAGUCUUAGCAAUCACGAGCGGUAGUUGGCUGGAGCCGACCAUAUACCGCCUCCUUUCAAUACGACCGCUACAAAAGGUAAACAAUCGUGAACACGUGAUUGAAGAAGUGUGCCGGCUCGGCACAUUGCUCUUCCUAGCACCAUUUUGGAGGAUACUAGGACAGUCACCAGUCUGGACAGGAGCCAUAUCUCGCAACCUGCUGCUUGUCUUGAUGAAGAACCUGGUGGAGUGGAACGAGCUCAAGCCGUUGCUCAUCUGGGUAGUCUACUUUGCCGCGAUUGAGACGAAAGACCUGGGAGAACGAAGUCAGUUCGUCUUCAUGUUGGGCGUGCUCACGAGCGGCAUGCAGCUGCAGGGGUGGGAUGGCACAAUGCAGGUUGUCAAGAGCGUUUUGUGGGUCGAGAAGGUGUAUGCAGGCACCGACGAGCUGAUACGAGACGAGGUCAUGCAUAUCGUCCAUCAGAAUCCCAUAGGUGCUGCUUUGGGAGACAUCGCACCGUCGUUUUUGGAUGAUAUUUCAGGCAACGACUAG